AUGGCCUGCCGUCGGGCCCCUCGAAUACAACAAAUCCCCCGGCCUCAGCAGCUUAUCCGCCCAAAGCCGCAUGCUCAACGGGCAUUUACCACCUCGACGAUACGAUGGGCACGCGAGGAGGAACAACGCCAGGACGACGCUGAAGAGGAAGAUUUCGGUCCUAUAGAGCUGAAGAAGCUGGAGGCUGCGUUGGCUGAGGCUUCUACACCGGAGGGGCUGAAGCAAUUGGAUCAGCUGGCCAAAGAGAAUGGUUAUAAUUCCAUUGACCACUACUUGAAAAACGAGCUGGAAUGGCACCCUGGCUGGGCGUCGGAGGAUAGGUCAGUGUUGGAGGAUAUCACAAGAGACGACAAGGGUGAAAGGCCCAAUAAACAGUCAUUCUGGUUCGACGAGGAGGACCCCGAAACCAAUACCGAAGAACUCGAGGAAUUCGACGAGGACGACAUAACAUCUAUGGCUCAUGGCAAGCUUGACGAAAUUCGAGACAUGCGACAGUACGCACGACUGGCAGUAUGGGAGUUGCCUCUUCUUUCAAAGUAUGCCAAGCCCUUCGUCCCUCCUAGCGAUAACCAGGUUCUGCGAUGGCGGUACACUUCUUAUAUGGGCGAAUUCCACCCUGCGGAGAAAAAGGUAGUGGUGCAGUUCGCCCCCGAUGACCUGAAGCUCACACCAGUUCAAACCGAGAAGCUUAAAAAGCUAGCUGGCCCUCGCUACAACCCUGAGACAGAAAUCAUCAAAAUGAGCAGUGAUAGCUUUGAGCACCAAGCACAGAACAAGCGCUACCUCUCCAAUCUAGUUGACGACCUCAUUGCUGCGGCCAAAGACCCCAAGGACACAUUUGAGGAUAUCCCUCUGGAUACCCGACAUCAUAAGAUUCAGCCCAAGCCGCAAUUCCCUAAGGAGUGGCGCAUGUCUCCUGAGCGCCGUGAACAGCUUGAUGCCCACCGCCAGCGCUUAGCGAUAGAAGACGCCAAAAUCGCCGAGAGCGGUCGGCUGAUCGAUGGGACACAGGCUAUCGAGGAGUACCUGACCAAGAGGGUCACCGAGGACCAGAAGAAGGCCAAGAUCGCGGAGCUUGUGCCUGCAACACCCAACGGAACACCUGGUCAAUAUUAUUAUUCUUGGAGCUCCGGCCUCUGGGAAGAAGAGCUUCAUACGGAGAAUGUCUUCACAGACUUGUACGAUCCCAUUACCGAAACAUCCGGGGACCGGCGUCUGGCAAACAUCUCUGGCAUCCCGACCAUCAUCAACCUUGAGCGCAUCCCAUCAACAUUUAUUCAAUCUGCUCCCGAGUCCCGCCGCAUAGCAACGGAAGCGGAUGCUCUAAUUCUGCUAUACGACGGCGCCUCCAUCGAGAGCCUGGAAGAGCUUCGGCGCAUACGGCUCCAAGUGCUGGCUCCGCACUUGGGAGAAGCGGCGCCACCCACGGCCGUGGUUGCUGGCAAGGCCGAUGGCGCGGAGGCCGCGGGGAGCGUAUGGGAGCGGGGGUUAGGAGAGGGGAGGGAACUGUCGGUGUUGCUAGGGGCUAAGUUUGGGGUUGUGUCAGCACUUUGGGGAGAUGGGGUCAAGGAUGUAGUAGAGGAGCUGGCGGCGAGGGUCUUGGAAAGGAAGGGGGUAGAAUAA